CCCGUUUUCGGCCCAUAGACAGGCCAAGAUCUGUUACCUUUUUUGAAGCUACUGCUUCCUGUUCAAUCCAAUUCGCGUUCCUCUCCCUCCUCCAUGGUUUUGAAAUGGAAUCGGGUCGAUCUCCUGCGAGGAAAGCUAGCGAUUUGGAAGGGGAAAUGGGACCGAGAGGACCCUCGACGGCAUAUUUCUAUCUCCCGCUCGCUGAUGCGUUGAAGAUGAUUAACGUGAAGGUGAAUCUCUUUGCUGCCGUCUCCGAGAUCAGGGAGCCGAAACGGAGCAGAGGAACCGACUAUGUUCUCACACUAAAGAUAAGGGACCAGUCUUAUUCAGCACCAGGGCUUUCUGUGAACUUCUUUGCUGAGAGUACAACAAAGUUACCUCAUGUUAGGUCAACUGGCGAUAUAAUCAGUCUUCACCGUGUUGUGAUGAAAAUCCACAAUGGAGAAUUUUAUUGUGUUUGCAAUAAGAAAUUCUCUUCAUUUGCGCUAUUUGAAGGGAAAACUGCUGAAAGUUUCCGUCCCUAUCAGGCUUCUACAGAGUACAAAGCUACUGAUCAUGACAAUGAAUUUUUGUCACAGCUAAGGACAUGGUUGCUCAAUUAUCUGCAUGGUGCAGUUCUGAAUGAAUACUCAUUGCAGCUAAAUAGAAUCAAGAUUGGUCAUGUUUUCGAUCUAAUUUGCAAGGUUCUUCAUUUGUGCGAAACUUCUAAUGGUGAGUGGGUGCUCUUUGUGUGGGAUGGAACGGAUACCCCUCCUGUAAGCUUUACAAUGGACCUAGAUAAUGAAGGGAAAACUCCAUCUCCUUUACAUGUUGAAGAAUUUUCUCUUUCAAGAGAAGUCCUACAUGCAUUUCCUCGAGGUGGGACAGUCUUAAGGAUAUUUGCUGAUAAAUAUUUCAAAGAGAUUCCGCAAUUGCAAGGAGGUGGCCACUGGGUUAAAUUAUGCAAUAUAAUAUGUGAGCUGCGGUCUGAUAUGUGGAAAGGUGUGUUGCAGCCUUCCAGUAAAAUCCAUCUUCUAUCUGAUCAAGAUGACACCGUAUUACAUCGUUUAAAGAUGUAUAAUGAUCGUAUUACAUCUAACCCAAAGUGCCAACCUUUUAUGAGCUUUCCUCAGCCUUCUGAUAUUACAGAUACAGAUUUCAGGCAUGCUGCCUUUGCAACAUUGAUGGAUUCGCUCACCUAUCCUGAGGCGACACACAGGUGCAAGUGCAUUGUUCGAGUGGUAGCGGCAUAUCCUUGGCGAGCUGAAGACCUCCGUUCUCCAAUCGACGGGCACUACCGGAUCAGAUUGACUCUGGAAGAUCCUACAACAAGAAUUCAUGCAUAUGUCUACAGAGAAGAUGGGAUCCAACGCAUGCCAGGAGAAAUUUUUUGGUGGCUACCCAACAAACAAUGUACUAGCUAGCAAGAUGAACAUGCUACUGGGUAUAACUGAUGGUGCUGGCCAAGCCUGUGCUACUAGAGAUCCACCAUGGGUAUGGUGCUGCUUGAAAUCUUAUUAUUUGGACAAAAGCAACCCAUGGGGAACCAGGAGGUACCGAAUCUUUGGCACCAAGUUAACUGGGUGAGGAAGCUUUUGAUCAUCCUACAUUUGAAUCUUGGGAUACAUGUUUGAUGUUUUACAUUUUGAACCUCUCUUAUCAUGUAAAUUCCAUUUUUUUUAACUUGGAGAAGAUUUCCAUGCCUGUAACUUGUAGUCCUUUGUGCUAUACAUGUGUCUGCUAGUUAAGAUGCUCGACUUGUUUUGGCACGUCUGCUAGUGAAACUACAUUUACAUAUAUUAUCCUAAUUUUAAAUAUUUUA